CGCUUGGCCGUGCGUGGUGAGAGCGUUCGAGGUGCGCGGACACUGCGUGAGCGCGGCGAAAACUGUUGGUGUGUGAUAAUCUGAGAACAAAUAUGUAUGCGGACGAGAAUUAGAAAGGGGGCAGGAAAAAAAAGGCUUGGAUAAAUGCACAAGUGAUGUUAAGAUUGGUUUAAGUGGAGACAGGAGAAGGUAGACAGUGGAGGGCCGCCGCCUGCACGACCACUCCGUCUCUCAUGGGUUUGUACGACGGCUCAGGGGCGCCGCAGGAUAUGUACUGGCAAUACGGAUCGUCUGAGGGUGCGUAUGAUCCAAGCUGCGACCCCUCACCCACCAUGCCGCAGCUGCACGACCACGCCCACGCCCACGAUAACGCCCAUAACCACGAGCAAGCGCCCCUCACGCCCUCAUCCUCCUCAUCAUCCAACUCGUCAGCCUCAUCAGCCGGUGCAUCGUCAUUUGUCAGUCCAGGAAGCGAUCGAGGGAAUACAUACGUGUCUCCUGGAUCUGACGCGGGUUCUACAGGUGUGGGCUCCCCCGGGGCUAGCGUGUCUUCGGGGGUCGGGGUGAACGGACCAGGGGGCGACAAUAGUGAGGUGUCCUGCGCUGGCUGCUCUAACCCAAUCAACGACCGCUUCUACCUGCGCGCGGUGGAGCUCAAGUGGCAUGCCAGCUGUCUGCGCUGCGUCAUCUGUCAAAAAUCCCUGGACGACGCUGGCACGUGCUUCGCCAGGGAGGGACGCAUCUUCUGCAAGGACGACUAUCACAGGUUCUUCAGCAUGCGGCGGUGCGCUAGAUGUUCUCAAACCAUCAGCAGCUCGGAGUUUGUGAUGAGGGCGCGUGAGUUUGUGUACCACGUGCAGUGCUUCACCUGCGCCCACUGCCACGUGCAGCUCACCAAGGGGGACCAAUUCGGCAUGUGUGGCCCUGUUAUCUACUGCCGGGACCACUACCAGAUGUCCACCCUGCUGGAGAGCGGAUACGUCACCCCCAUGGGCAUGCCUCCAGGGGCGCUGCCGGGGGGACCAAUACCCCAAGGACCCCACCCACUGGCCCACCACGCCCUGCACCCACACCUACCCCCGGAGAUGCUGCAGGGCUACCCACCGCCAGACCACAGUGGGCGCAUGCAAUGUUUCAACGGCGUGGGUUCACAUGGCAAGGGGCGCCCCAGGAAGAGGAAGCCCAAGGAUGAAGCCAUGGACACCAGUAUGACUAUCCCCGGUGGUUACGAUCUGGAGGGAGCUUACGGGCCCCUGGGAACACCUUGUCAGUCUGGAAGGACGAAGAGAAUCAGAACCUCCUUUAAACAUCAUCAACUGAGAACCAUGAAGUCUUAUUUCGCUAUUAAUCACAACCCAGACGCUAAGGACUUGAAGCAACUCUCUCAGAAAACAGGCUUAUCCAAAAGAGUGUUGCAGGUGUGGUUCCAGAAUGCCCGGGCGAAGUGGCGGCGACAAAUGGUUUCCAAAGACCCCAAGGCUCUGUCUGGCGGCGACGGCGGGCUGAGCGAGGGGCAGCAGGGCGAGAGCUCGGCGGGGGAGUACCCCAACACGCCCUCCGUGCCGCCCUCCGCCAUGAGUCCCGAGGAGGGGAACAGCUCCCAGAUCUCCUACCAACAGAUGUUCUGACACCUGUCCUCGCAGGGUGACGGACACCCGCUCCAGGUGCCGCCCUUCACCUCACACCCGCUCCUGCCCCUGCAGCAGUCCUUCUCGCGGCCCCUCGCCAUGGAGGACCUGGCCUCGUCCUCCUCCCUGUCCCCCGCCAGCGUUCCGCAUCCCAUGAUGGGCCAGGCGCCCUUCCCUCUGCUCUCCUUCCCCUCAGCAGGGGAGGACGUAGAGGAUGACUCCAUCUUCAGCACCGACGACCAGACCUCCAGCCAGGACGACCAAAUGUUUCUCGGUAUUCGGUCACCGAGCUCCCUGGCCGGCGGCGCCGCCUCCACCCGCUCACCCGACAAGAAAGACGAGACGGGGGACGGGGAGGAGGAGGAAGAGGAGGAAGAGGAGGAGGACGAGUUUGAGGACGCUCGGAACAGCGGCCAGACCUACCAGGAACUGUACUAGUGGCUGGCGGGGCUAGCCGAGGCGGCGCCCACGCGGCGGCAGGCACUGCUCGGGUAGCGGGCGGCGCCACCGGGCCGCAGGUGGGCGGCUGCACGUUGUGGGCGGGGCGAGUGGCGCGUGUCUCGUGCACAGACACUGAGGUUCAGCGCAGUGACUUGCUUCAAGCAUUACAUACAAAGUUCUUUAUAUUGCCAGUCUAUUUAUUGAUAUGAUAUAUCAGUGUAGCACUCACGCCCGCCGGGCCGCGGCGCCAGCGGGGAUUCCAGCGUUUCCAUAUCUCUUAGUCUUAACUCAAGCGGCGUCAACACGCUUCCCACACACAGACACUUGCUUCUUGUGUUCUUCAAAGAAGAUCUUCCUAAACCAAAUGCGUCGAGAUUCCCGGACUCCUGAGGAAGGCCCCGCACGGCUCGGCCCGACCACGCUGCGCGGCGGGGCAAGGCACACCGGGCCGCUUGCUGGCCCGCCGGGAAAGUUUGCCACGCUAGCGCCCGCCACCACUGCCUGCCAGCGUGCCUGUCAAGGCAGUCAUGUGUCCUGCACGGGUCAGGCAGCACGGCGUCAGGUCGGGUCAGCUGUUGUGGCCUCGCCGUGCAUGACUCAGGGCUGGGCCGGUCGCCGCCACGCCGCGCCGCACCGCCACGCACCGGGACGGGCGGCGGUGGCGGGCGGCGGGCGGCCGCCAGUGCAGGGUGCCAGGUGCAGCACCAGGCCAGGCGCUGGUCUGUCGGCGCCGCCCCUGAGCCGCGCACCGCGACGCUCCUCGUCCUGGUGUUGGAUGUGUCAGUGGUGACUGGAUGUGUAGGUGUACAGUGUAUCAUGUGUAUCCAUGUGACGCGAGCCAAGCCUUCCUGCCUCCCUGGGGCGCAGCGCAGGGUCAGCGGCACCGCCCACUGACACAAGGGCUGCUGGCCGCGGCCUCCAUCACCCCUGCAGAGGAUCGCCAAGCGCUGCCACCACCACACCACAGCCUCUGCAGGACGCGCGGUGACGCCGGACACCACCGCCACCACCGCCGCCCCAGGGAUUGCCUCCCACGCCCACACCCAACCAAAACUUUAAGACCCGCCACCCACAGCACUCAGUGGGCGCCCACCCUCCUCCUAGACACACACGCACACACGCACUCACACACACACACACACACACACACACACACACACACACACACACACACACACACACACACACACAGGAAUAUCAUGCUUUACACAGUGACACAACUCAGUAUUCAGGACAUGUUGUAUACAAUGAUGAAGUUUGGUCCAGAAUCCUGCUCUCCCCAACACUCCCCAACUCUCCCCACACCCGCCCCUCGCCACUCGCCACUCACCACUCGCCACUCCCACCACUGACGGACGUGGACUUAACCCAAACACUCCCACACACUAACGCAACACUAGGGCCGCUGCCACACCGCCGCCCCGCCACACAGGACACACCAGCGGCACUCCGGCGCUCCCCAGGCACUGAUAACACCCUAACCCAAACACUAGACAAUGACUCACACACACACACACACACACACACACACACACACACACACACACACACACACACACACACACACACACACACACACACAUGCCAGAAAGAGAGGAAGAGUAAGGUUGUGCAUCGUGUAUAUGUCUUAACUGAGAGAGAGAGAGAGAGAGAGAGAGAGAGAGAGAGAGAGAGAGAGAGAGAGAGAGAGAGAGAGAGAGAGAGAGAGAGAGAGAGAGAGA